AUGAUAGAAGGAUCGUGCUGCCUAAUACGAACGGUUAUGAGCCUAUCGAACUCCCCAAUGUCAGUCAAGAAGCACAGUAGAUUCUUGACUAAGAAAGCAGGUCGCAUUUUGCUGGUAACCACGGUACUCUUUAUUGUUUCUUUCUUACUCUUCCAGCACUCAACGACUGGAAAUUCGUUGUUCAACUCGCCAUUUCCAGGAGAAGGACGUAAGCAGCCUAAAAGGCCUAUUGCAGAGGAGGAUAUAGCUACUGAAGCAAAUUCCAAUAAAGACGGUCAGAUCUCAAACAGAAAGAACGACCAUGUUGUCGAUGUUACAACCGUAAAUGACAAGGCAAAAAAACCUUCGUCAAAUCAGCCAAAUAUAGCCGAAGAUUCAAGUGAUAACAUAGGAUAUAAUCCUGCCGAUAGGUAUCAGAAAAUCCUUGACAUGGCUCCGGUUAUUAUUUUCUCUAAGACAACAUGUCCGUAUAGUCUCAAGUUGAAAUCGCUUUUAACUCAGAAUUAUCAAUUUACUCCGGAUUAUGUCGUCAUUGAACUAGAUCUUGAGAAGCGUACUAAGGAAUUACAGUUCUACAUUUCUCAACAGACUGGCAGAAAAACGGUGCCUAAUUUACUAGUAAACGGUAAAUCUAUGGGUGGUCACGAUGAGAUAUCCGCAUUACAUAGUAAAGGUGAAUUAUUAAAGUCGAUUGAAGAUUGGAGUGACAAAAAGGUCACUGUGACUCCUAAGCAGAAGUCCACUUGA